UCUAUCUGCACGGUAAAUCAUUCAAUAAUCCAUAUGAUAGGAAAAGGCCGGACAGGAGAGGAGACUUUGGGGGGGGGGGCGAAGACCAGGCGGCCACAAGCGCCCUCCGAUCCAGGAGGGUACUCGAAUGAGAAGGAGACAGAGGAGGUCCCCUCUUCGCCCUGGGCGCGGGGCACUGACUCUGGUCUGAGGUAAUUAUGUCACUGCGUUUUCUCACCGUGACAGCCGAAUAAACAUCAUCUCCAAUAAACAUCUCUAAUGAGGGAGGAGGCCCGAGGAUGGCGGAGUUUGAUUUAUGACUGGAGGAGAAGGUCCACUUCCCACUGCGAAGCGGGCAACCUGCUCACCGCCGUCCAGCUCCGGGGACCUCUGCGCAGAGGAGCCGGGCCCAGGUCUCCCCGAGUGAAGCUCAAAUCACACGCUGGGAGCCCUCGGCGCUGCCCAGCUCCGCGGGCCACAUUCUUUCGUCCUCCGCUCCUCUCUGAGAAACGAACUCCCGGCGCUCAGACUUUGUUUCGGUCCGACCAGCUACACCACACAACCGCGAGAAAGUUUUGCAGCGCUUCGCCUGCCGCGCGCGCCCGGGUGUUGCCACGAACUCUAGCAGCUAGGGGGAACUUCUCAGCGCAUGAAUGUCGUGAACUGCGGUGGCGAGGGAUGGGUGGGGGGGUUAUCUGGGUGCCAAAGGCUCUCCCCACCUCCUGCAUUUCUCAAGGUUGCAAGCAGGUUCUGCAAACGACAACAGCAGACCCCUAUGUGCCCUCACCCCCCACCCCGCGGCUCAGCACCCAACUGCAAGUCCUCUCUGGGGACUGGAACCUUUUGCUACUUUGGCACAAAAGCGCGCCCGGCAAAGAGAAGACAGCCCUCCCUCCCCCGCUUUUCAAAUCCACCCUUCCAUCUUUCGCCGUCCUCAUUGGCUGCGCGGCGCGAGUGACGUCACGGCGGCCCGAGUUGGGCCUCUGCUCCUUGCGGACUAGCGCUCGGGCCCGGCGGGAGCCUCCCCCUGCUCGGCUGGGCCCGGCCUGUGCCUCGCCCAGCGAGGUCUUCCUGCGCUCUCGGCGGGGGCAGCCCACCCGCACCCCGGCCCGCCCCUCCCACCCGGAGGGCGCAGAUCAACCCUAA